AUGAUGAAUAACAUGGAAACCACAUAUAUGGAACAAAGUCUAAAACCGUUAAAGAUUGUGAGAAGAACAACCGCAAAGGAAAACAUUUCCAUAAGGGAGAAGGUGAAAAAGAAUGUUUCCUCGUGUGCUAGGAUGACCGCUGAGCCAGAUUAUAAGUUCAACAACAUCUUACAGAAUGAACAAGAUGCAGUUUAUCCAUUUUUCUACAGUGAUAUUCAAACUAAUGAAGUGUACCUGAAAAACAAGCAGCCCAAACUCGACUUCACAACCGACGUGACCUUUUACCGGAACGUUGUUAAGAAGUAUACCAAGCCCGUGAACUACAAGUACAUUCCUGUGGUUGGUGGGAAGAGACAACCAUUGGAUGAUCCUGUUCUUCAGUGUUUUACUAAAACAAAACAAGACUCGCAACUUCAAUUUGGGGAUUAUCUCUUGAACGUCUCGCAGAGUGGAGCGGCCAACUUGAAAUACGAGCCACUUGAAAACGUCCAGUACAGUGACGACGAGGUACUAUAUCGAAGUGACGAAGGUGAAGUCUCAAGGCUUGAGAAUUCCGAUUUGGACAAUGACUCCGAAGCAGACAUGACUGAAACUGACGGUGAAGAUGAAAUGGAAAUCAGUCUUGGACCAAGCAAUCUCAUGGACGCGGGUGUCCUUACACCGUCAACGCCAAGAAGGAGUGUCAAUGAUCACCUCAAGACCUCUCCAAAGAGACAAGAGACUCUAUUGAGGACCUUGGCAAACAAGUCACCAAUCAAAAGACUAACUAAUGAGAGACUAAACAAAUCAAAACAUAUGAACUACUCCAAGUUUGACAGUUCCAUGUGUAUUAGUGCCAAGGCCAUCAUGAAAAUGGUCGACGAUAGCUUGGUGUCAAGUGACACCGAAAUCUACAACCAAUCCUACACAAGUGCACAUGCACAUGGUAAUCCUUUUAAUUCUCUCAAAAACGUGGAUUUUAGUAUCAAUGCUUCAGAUCUUAUCAGUGCAUUGAAUGACAAUGAAUAUUAG